CGGCGAGGCGAGGCGGGGUUGGUCUGGGCUGGGCCGGGGGAUCAGGGCAUGAACGGCGCUGCUAACCCGCUGCUGGACAGGGAGGAGCACGGGCUGCAGCUGGGCGAGAGCUUCGAGCGGCGGCCCAAGGCCUCCUUCCACACCAUCCGCUAUGAUUUUAAGCCAGCAUCCAUAGACACAUCUUGUGAAGGGGAGCUCCAAGUUGGUAAAGGAGAUGAAGUAACAAUAACAUUGCCACAUAUUCCAGGCUCAACUCCUCCAAUGACCGUUUUCAAAGGAAAUAAAAGGCCAUACCAGAAGGACUGUGUACUUAUUAUCAAUCAUGACACUGGAGAAUAUGUGCUUGAAAAACUUAGUAGCAGCAUUCAAGUCAAGAAAACAAGAGCUGAGGGCAGCAGUAAGAUUCAGGCCCGAAUAGAACAACAGUCUGCCCGAGCCUCGCAGCCUUCAUCACAGUUCAGAGCCACAACCAAGCCAGCAGCUGGACCUAAAACUUCCCCUGUGAAAGACAACCCUUCACCUGAACCUCAGCUGGAUGAUAUUAAGAGAGAGCUGAGAGCAGAGGUGGAGAUCAUUGAACAGAUGAGUAGCAGCAGCGGUAGUAGCUCAUCUGAUUCGGAGAGCUCCUCUGGGAGUGACGAUGAAAGCUCUAGCAGCGGUGAAGAGUCUGCACACAUUUCCCCUUCUCAGCCAUCCCACCAGCAGUACAACAACAGAAACCCUGUUGCUAACGGUACCAGCAGGCCACAAGGAAGCAAUCAGCUCAUGAAUACUCUCAGAAAUGACUUGCAGUUGAGUGAGUCUGGGAGUGACAGUGAUGACUAGAACCUGAGUUUUCAAUGUUUCUGCUGCAUAUAUAUGAAGAACUAAUUUACUUUGCAAUGAGCCUGUUGCUGAUGAAGGAGCUGGUAUAAAGAUGGCUUCAUGUGUGGAAUUUUAGUAGAAGCAAUGCGUAACUCUAUAAAAUAUCCAAUGUUAUGUUAAACCGAAGACAAGGAUGGUUUUACUUUGUGUAUGAAGUGUAUAUUUUGUGUAUUUUCUAUUCUUUUAAGGUUUUAAAUAGACAUGUAUAGUCAAUAAACCAAUCUGUGUUCCAGACUGUUAACAACCUGUAAGGCAUAAUCCAUCAUCUCUUGAUGUAACCUAAAUAUUUCCUGUUCACAGGAGAUGUUCAGUACAGCUGUACUUUAGAAAUAAGAAUGGUGUAUAGGAUAGACAAGAGCCAGCAAUUAGUUAAAAUAAUAAUAAAAAAACACAACAGAGUAGGGACUGGAGUGGAUAUUCAAGUGAGAGCCUUGUAAGUUAAAUUUCAACAUUAGAUUGGUUAAUUCUGUUUGAGACUUUUCUAAUGCCUUCUUUUUACUGUUUUGACUUAACAUGAUGGAAAUACAUUAGACCAUUGUAAAAGAGGUCCAGAACACAAGUCUUAAUUGCUAACCUUGUUGCACCAGUGCCUUACAGGAUAAUUUUAAACCAAAACUUCAGAUGCUACCACCAUUUUCACAGAGAAUAAUUUUAAAUUAUGUUCCAUUUCCAUUUACAAAUGACCCCUGCAGAGCAGUGUACAUGCAUACCAUCUUAUGUUUAAUAAUGGGCACUGAGGACAUUGACUCUCUCACAACAAAGUAUGUAGUUAAAACUUUGACAUUAGAAACCUAA